AUGUCUUCCAAGAAGAAGGUGAAAGAAGUGAAGGAGGAGAAGGGUCCCGCUGGCCCGCAGGUGCGAGAGGGCGAGAUCGUCUUCGGCGUCGCACACAUCUUCGCAUCCUUCAACGACACCUUCGUGCACGUGACAGAUCUCUCCGGCAAGGAAACCAUGUGCCGAGUCACUGGCGGCAUGAAGGUGAAGGCCGAUCGCGACGAGUCGUCCCCAUACGCGGCUAUGCUUGCGGCGCAGGACGUAGCAAUCAGGUGCAAGGAGCUGGGCAUCACGGGGCUGCACAUCAAGCUGAGGGCUACCGGCGGUAACCGCACCAAGACGCCUGGCCCUGGAGCUCAGUCCGCCAUCCGCGCUCUUGCCCGUUCCGGCCUCAAGAUCGGCCGCAUUGAGGAUGUGACACCUAUCCCCACCGACAGCACUCGCAAAAAGGGUGGUCGUCGCGGUCGCCGUCUGUAA